UUUGAUUAAAAAAAAACAGCUAACUAUCAAACACUGCUGAGAGGAAGACUGAAGAGGGUAGAGAAGUUGCAGGGAUGUUGUUUAAUGAAUCCUGUGCGUUAUUUGAGGUUUUUGGACCCAGUUCUCGGUGUUUAACUCCAGUGGUUUUAAGGUUAGACUGCUGUAUUUUCUGACCGGCGGCUCCUCGGACACAUAGCGGGGCUUUAGAGGUGUUUAGUCGUGUUUAGCUCGGGUCCGUGUUUUGACUGGAAGGAGGAACAGCCUGAGACCAACAUGCUGAAGAUUCUCUCCAGACUGGUUGGACCAAAAUACACCUCUGUCGCUAAAGCGUGGGUUCCCACUCUACUUGGCUGGGGCGCUGCAGGUGCUGUGGCUGUCGUUCAUUUCACUGAUUGGCGCCUCAUUCUGGAUUAUGUGCCGUACAUCAAUGGCAAAUUCAAAAAAGAAGAGUAGUGUCAUUAAACAGCAUGGGAAUGUGAUUAUGGAGAGGGCUGCGACCUGAGAAUGGCCUGUGGGAUGGAGAGUGGAAUACAGUGCCCUGGCACAGUCUGUCUGAACCUGUAAAAUGAACAAUGUAUAUUUCUGUUUGUUAAGAUGAAUAAAUGUGUUUACCCAUUGCA